AAGACGCCAAGAACAGCAAAAACGCACCGUAGACGAUGACACAUCCACAACACCUGAAGUCAAUUGCACCAAAAGCCACAUUGACCCCAAAAAUGUGGCUUUAGAGGUGGCUGGCUCCAAGAACAACAAAAUUGCAACUUCAAAAGGGCUACAAAAAUUAAGCCGAAAGUGA